AUGGGCACCUGGGCCUUCCCUGCAGCCCUUUUCCUGCUCUGCCUGACUUCUGAAAGCCUACAAGGCGGGCUGCCUUCAUUGUCUCCUGGCCUAGGAAAAGGCUUAGGGAGCCCGAAUGGCUACAGAUCAGGAUUUGGGAAAAGGAAUGGCCUGGGAGUCCAGCCAGGCAUUGGAGGGGGUAUAAAACCCCACAAGCCAGGGUUUGGGAAUGGGAACGGGCAAGGAGCAGGGGCCUUCCCAGGUGCUGCAGCCCAGCCAGGCUUUGGAGUGGGUGCGAAACCCCAAAAGCCAGGAUAUGGAAAUGGACUGGGGGCUGGUGCCUUCCCAGGGCUGGGAGCCCAGCCAGGCCUGGGUGGGGGAAUGAAACCUCCAAAGCCCGGAUUUGGGAGCAGAAAUGGUUUAGGAGUCAGCACUUUUCCGGGGGCAGGAGCCCUGCCAGGCCUGGGAGGGGGAAUGAAACCUCAGAAGCCAAGCCCUGCAGCUCAGAAUGGUGGCCAGGGACCAGGAAUUGGAGGGGGUGUGAAACCUCAAAAGCCAGGAUUUGGCAACGGAAAUAAGAUGGGUGCCAGGGCCUUCCCGGAAGCCCAGCCAGGCUUGGGAGGGGGCAUGAAACUACAGAAACCAGGUCUCACAGUGCAGAACGGCUUUGGACCAGGCUACGGAGGGAAUGGAAAACCCCAGAAGGCAGGAUUCCGGAACGGGGCCUUCCCCGGAGCUGGAGUCCAGCCAGGUGUCGGAGGACUAAAACCUCAGAAGCCAGGCCCUGCAGCUCAAAAUGGCUAUGGACCAGGCUUUGGAAUGGGUGUGAAACCCCAGAAGCCAGGCCCUGCAGCUCAAAACGGCUAUGGACCAGGGUUUGGGGGUGGCAUGAAGCCACAGAAGCCAGGGUAUGGUAAUGGAAAUGGACUGGGAACCCAGCUAAGCCCUGCAGCUCAAAACGGCUAUGGACCAGGCUUUGGAGCGGGUGUGAAGCCCCAGAAGCCAGGCAUUGUUGAGGGCAUGAAGCCUCAGAAGCCAGGCCUAGGAGGGGGCAUGAGCCCUCCAAAGCCAGGAUACACACCAGGAAAUGGGCUCCCACCAGGUCUGGAAGGGGGUAUGAAACCUCAUAAGCCAGGAUACGGCAAUGGAAAUGGGCUGGGGGCCCAGUCAGGUCCCUGCAGUGGGAAGGUUCCUCUAUUGCUUCUUCCCAGGCUUCCCACUCCAGGGGGUCCUUCUGAUAAAGCAGGUGGCUGGGGCCCCAAAUCCAAGCCCCCUCCCCCAGUGCAGAAUGGCAAGUUCCCAGCACCGACUCCAGCCAUCCAGUGGGGACUGAAACCUCAGAAAGCAGGGUACCACCCUUCAAAUGGCUAUGGACCAGGAGCAGAACUGGGCUUUGGUGAUGGCCUCAAACCUCAGAAAGUUGGUUUUAGUUACGGGAAUGGUGGUCUGGGAGCUGGAGUCUUCACUGAGGCCCUCCUGCAGCCAGGGUUCCCUGGGGCCAAUGGCUUUAGAAACUGGUAUGGCGAGGAAGCACUGGUGUACCCCAAAGCCGCAGCUCCAGCCUCUGAAGAACAUGGUCAGACUGAGGCUCUGAGGGGCUCUCCUUGGCCCUCCCUCCAGCCUUGGGGGGCUGUCUUAAAGCCUGGAUAUGGGGCCAGAGGCGCAUACCCAGGGGUUGAGAGUCAGCCAGGGCCCUAUGGACAGCUGAGGCCAGAGCUGGGCCCCAGGCCCUUUGGGGGCCCUGAGGUGAAGAGAGGCCCCAGUGGCCCACCGGAAAAUGGCUAUGGAGGCCGCUGCCCUCUUGGGAAAUGCUGAGCACCUGAGCUGAUCCACUGCCCACCCUGAGUGCCUCUGUACCAGAGCCUGGUC